AUGGUCGGGAAGAUAUGGCACACUAUUUACUGGAAAAACAAGAAGAUACAGGAAGACGAGCAGGCGAUAAUGGUUUCAAAAAACGUACAAUGGAGUUAUGAAAUACAUGGUAAGAAAAAAUUGUUUAGUCCGAGGACAAAUGGAAAGCUUGAGAUGGCGUACAGCAAGAAACAAUCCACAAUAAGGAUAUCUUUACAAGCAGAUGACUUUGUUAUGAAUUUACAAGCUAAAACUGGCCACGGCAUGCGGAAUGGUGAGACUAUUAAACUUUCUAGAAAGGCCAGGGGAGCUGAAGAAGGUUAGUGCAUACUGAUAGAACAGUUCUGAGUUAACCAGUUUUCAUUAUUUCAUUAAGUUUUCAUUAGUUUUAGUUUCAUUUCAUUUUCAACAGUGGCUUUCCUUCUAGUUUUUCAUUUACGUCGUUGGUUUGCUUCUACACCGUGAUUUUUAGGGAGUUAUUAUAACUCCAAACAUGGAGUAAAAAUUUUAGGUAAAGGAUUUUAACCCCUUUUCGGGGGGUUACUUUAACUCCUAAUUUAACUCUGAAUUUGGGGUCAUUUUUACUCCUGAAAAAGAGUUCUUUUUACUCCCAGUCUAGAGUUAAAUAGCUCCGAAAUGGGGUUAUUUUUACUCCUUACAUUGGUUGUUUUUGCUCUUUUUGGAGUUAAUUUAACUCUGAAAGUGGAGUAAAACUUUUAGGUACAGGAUAAAUCCUUUUUGGGGGUUAUUUUAACUCCUCAAUAUCUGGGGUAACUUUUACUCCUGAAAAAGAGUUCUUUAAACUCCUUUUUGGAGUUAAAAUAACUCCCCCCAAAAAAACUCCACUGUAAGGAGUUACAUUAGCCCCACUAGAGAAGUGAUUAUAACUCCUUGAAAAUUACGGUGUAAGACUUCCCUAGACGUACAGCUCUUAUUUCAGUCAAUUGCAUUUUUUUUCGGAUAAGAAGCAUCAAAAAAUACAGUAGAAGAAUAAGUUUUGUCUCGUUUAGUUUCGUUCUUAAUUUGAAAGUUUUGCCGUUGUGGGUUAGAUAUUUUACUGUUGAAGCGAAGCGACGGUCAUGUUCGUCAUUAUUGUAUGUCGCUUACUGAUGAGAAGAUAUUUAAGACUACGGAGAAACAUUGACCACUGGUAAGAAAUAAAGUCAAGACUGAUCUUUUCAUCGCCUGCAAGUCUUUUGUUACUCCGUAGUCUUAAAAAUCCUGUCAUCAACCAGUGACAAGUUUUGAUCCUUAAUAAUGACGGAACAUGACCGUCGCUUUGCUUCAACAGAGAACACCCAAAUUUGGGGGUGCUUGUGACGUCACGAUUUUAUUUGGCACAAAAUGGCGGAACAAAACGGCAGUUGGCAUUUUAUAUGGUUUUUCGUGAUUAGUCGUAAUCUUUCCGACUUGGAGCGCAAUAUUCGCUGUGGCCAUAGCUACCGUGAAACUCUCAGAGCGCUUGCCAAGCAGCUUGGUGCCUAGACAGACUUUGGAUUGAACGAUGAAGUGGCAUAUCCGAGAAACCUCUCCAGUGCAGCCGUCAGUUUUUAACUCUUCUGAAGUUACCUCCUUGUGGUACCUACCACGAAUGUGAGUGCGCACUCAGCCUCAAAUCGCAAGAAAGAGUGAAUCACUGCAUGAUUAUCCACGUUCACAAGGAAAUAACUAACAAACUGAACAGAGCAGAUAUUGGAAAUCAGUUUGUUUCAGCAUGAAAUGACAGGCAAAAAUCGCUUGGGAAAAUUCGAUGUCAAUAAAAAAGAAAUAAUGGACACAGAAAAUGCGCCAAAGACCUUUGCGAUCGGCCUUUGGAGCUACUGUGCUUUCAUGUUAAUCAUCUCAAAAUGUCACGUCUCUCAGAGCUGCAGACUUAUCAUCCCUCACCGGAAUUCGAUUUUUUUUUUCGAGACAAAGAAACUUUAUCAUCCCAGGGCCUCCUGAGUUCCUUUUUUAAAUCUUGUAUUUAGGGGCCAGUGGGGGAGCACAAUGAUUUUAAGGGGGGGGGUAUUUUUCUAGCCCUCAAGGUUAAGGAUGAUGUUACGAAAUGUUACGAUAUUAUUUUGAUACCAAUCAGUGAUUCAUGGGCCUCCUUCUUGUCUCGUAAGAUGAUAGGAUGUGACUUGUUUUUUUUUUUUUCCUUCAGGGUUGCUAACGGGCUCUCAAAACACCAUCAACUUGAUUUUGGGAGAAUUCUAAGGGAUACGGGGUCCCGGGAGUGUUCCACAUGCCUAACCACAAUCCUUUUGACUCCGUGAGGUAUACAACAACGACUCUACUCAAAACUCCUGUAUCAUUAUAUCAGUCCAGUCCAUAGCUUUAGACAUGGUAGACUUCUGUAUUGAAAUUCGUCAUGGAUGAUCGAGACAUUUUUCUACCGCCCAGUAUCCUCUAUGAGUUAAUAUUCACUCUUUCUAAGAAGUAAAACUCAGAGUAACUUUUUUCUCCCAAAGGAAUUUUUCUUCCAAUCUCCUGGGCUCCAAUGCCAAGCCCUGAUAUGACAGUACAUACUGUGACUCUCGUCCCAGGCUCCUCAGAGUAUCAAAAUGUUGUGAGCAAAUUUCAAGCAACCACUGGUGGAAUGCAUUUCCCGAAAAUAGAGCGGGUUCAGAAUCCCCAUCUUUACAAGCAGUACAUGAUACGAAAGCAGAAAAUGGACAAAGACAAUGGAGGAAACAACGAACGGCAGCUGUUCCAUGGGACUUACGCUGAAAAUAUACGUGCAAUAAACACACAGGGAUUCAACAGGAGUUUUUGUGGGGCGCAUGGUAAGUUACAACUUUUGGAAAGGAGUUUGCUUAAAUGGGCUGGUUUUUAAUUAAUACAUGCUCCGCCAAGUAAACUUGACCUUGGGUCUCAAAAUCUGUCUUAAUUGCUUUGGUAAUUUUUUCUUUUAACCUUGUUCGUGCAGAUUUAGGUAAGCGCUGACUCACCAGUACCAUUAAACAGACUGAAAGCAGCGUAGUCCAGUCAAAUUGUGGUUUAACAUCAAACUAGUCAGUAGCAGCAGAAUGUUUUUCAACGCCGUUUUAUUGUUGGAUGGCUACUUAACAACAUACUAAAAAUCCGCCAAAAAUCAUUUGGUGGAAAGUGAAAAAACUGGGCAAAAAGACCAAUAACAGAAAUAUAGUACACUGUAUAUAUUUUAAUAGUUUAUGGCAAAAAUAGCUUCCACUCUCAUUUGACGACUGUCAGAAUAUUUUAACCUUCCUGACUUUAACCCUGAUUUAUUAGAUAUCGCUAUGGUAAAAAGCUAAGUAAGUACAAUGAAACAGGAAUAUAUCUCAUAUUGGCAAAACACCCUUCAACAUUCUCAAAAACUUGAAUUUAUAGAUGUUUUAAAACCGAUCAUACCACCUCUGAUUACUUAGACUUAACAAGAGGAACAGCUGGGAAAAGGGCUUAGUGAAACUAUACGAAUAAGCAACCACAAACUAAUGAUAGAAAUGGCAAGACAAAAUCAAACUACGAAGGAUAAUAGGCAUUGCUCUUUUUGUGGAUCCAAUCUAACAGAAGACGAAGUUCACUUUCUUUUUCACUCUCCUACAGACUCUAUGAUUGGGGAUAACUUUUAAAGAAUAAAGUCAAGACUCUGAUUCCAAAUAUUACCCAGUAGUUAUCAAUGAACUGUUGAACUCCUCUAAUUACUUAGCUUUCUGCUUGUUUUGAUGUUCGUGACAAAGUAUUAUCAAAGUAACGUAAUUGCCCUGUGAUGUAAUUUUGAUUCUUAAAAAUAGCUUUUGCAAAUAAAGUUCGUUGCUGUUAAGUUGUUGUUGUCGCUAGAAUGGCUGUUAUACAUUACUUCUCAAACUCAUUAAUAAUUCAUAAAGAAAAUACAAAGAAAAUUAAUGUUUAAUGAGUGUUUGGAAAUCGGAUGAAAAACUGCUCAGUAUUUGCAUCCUUAAUUUCUCCUUCAAAAAUGAUUUUGUCUGAGAAGAAAUAUCAAACAUUCGACACAGUGUUUCAUCACCAGAUGAAACACCUCGAAGUUCGUCAAAAAUACUCCGCUGCGCGUCGUAUUUUCAACUCUCUUCUCGGUGUUUCAUCUGGUGAUGAAACACUGCGUCUCAUGUUUGAUAUAUUACUUCUCAAACUCAUUAAUAAUUCAUUAAGAAAAUACAAAGGAAAUGAAUGUUUAAUGAGUGUUUGGAAAUCGGAUGAAACACUGCUUAGUAUUUGCAUCCUUAAUUUCUCCUUCAAAAAUGAUUUUGUUUGAGAAGAAAUAUCAAACAUUCGACACAGUGUUUCAUCACCAGAUGAAACACCUCGAAGUUCGUCAAAAAUACUCCGCUGCGCGUCGUAUUUUCAACUCUCUUCUCGGUGUUUCAUCUGGUGAUGAAACACUGCAUCUCAUGUUUGAUAUAUUACAUCAAACUGUUCACCAACAGUCAUCUACUAAAUUUGCAUCCAUGCUGCAGGAUUCGUGAGACGAAAUGGGUGCAACCGACGAUGGCUUUGUAUCAGUACAAACUGUUUAACCUAUUCCAAUUUUCUGUAAUUGAGUUUUGUGAAGUAGUUAUGUUCAAACCUUGAACACAAUAUGUGUGAUCGAAAACUGGGAUUCUGUUUUUUCUCCCGACACUCGUAACCUCCUUUCAAAUAUUCUGCUUAGGACUACGUCCAUUUGAUUUUAAUUACUAUAAAGAUGGUAACGCUCCGCGCUUUUCAUUACACCUGGACGACUCCGUUGUAAGGGAAAUCCGGCCAGAAAACCAGGUGCACUGAUUGUUCUUUUUAUUAUUAUUAUUAUUUUGGAAUUCUUCUUGUAGCGAGUCUCAGAUUAACUUUAUUGUAUUUGUGUGUUCAGUUGUAGUUUCUCGACAUCCCUACAUUUCAUGGUAAGAUGAAUUGAUAAAUUAAGGCUCUAUGGUCUCAAAUCUUUUAUAUUCCCUUCUCGCAUUUCUUUUGUGAGAACUGCCCUGAACUGCCUAUUGCAACCAGUUUCUCAGUUUCUAUCGUCCAUCGGCAAAUGAAGACCUCUUUUUCUAUAACGAUCAUGGGAUCCUAUACGUCUGAAAAUUAUAAUCGCAGUGGUCAAUGAAGGCGCGAAAGUACUGGACAUAUGUACGACACCAAAGGCCUGACUAAGCUUAUGGCUCACCUCUUUUAGCGGAAUCUAUGUUUCUCUUCAGAUGAGGGUUGCGUAACACUUCAAGUCACUGCAUGUUAACCGUCGGCUACGCUGCGUGAGGAGUUUGCAUCACUCCACAGACUCUUGCAAGAUAUUUUUAUAUGCGCAUUGUUUCGGCUUCCCAGAGUUAAUCUUUACCUUAACAGACUGCUUUCCUAUAUAUUACAGCGGGGACAGAGCCCCAUACUCAUAGAAUAUGGUCAACCACUUUUCGCUUCGUUGUCACGUGAUUGACCGAGCGUACGUACGUACGUACGUACGCGUCUACAGAUUGGGUGGGGUAGGGUAGACUAUCAAAAGGAAGGGAGGGGUGUCUCAGGCGUGUCGUGGCAAGUCCACAUCUUUUAUAUUAGACAUUCACAAUAUAGUCAAUUGACAGCUAUCAAACCAGGAUAGCCACUGACCAGUAUCCCUUGACCAUAUCGCGGGCUCAUGUGUCAACUCAUCGAGGUGACGUGAUUUAUUUGGAAGCUGUCCGCUGACCAGUUAAUUGUUUUACUAGAUAGAUCGAAAUCCAUGUUCAAGCUCAUACUUUCUAGCUAGUUUGGGAGUACAGGAAAACUGAUACACAUAUUGGACAUCAACGUUGUGAUCAAUUGACAGCUGUCAAAACAGGGUAUCCGCUGACCAGUAUCAAUUGAUCGUAUCGCGGGCUCAGGUGUCGACCCAUCGAGGUCAAGUAUUUUUUGAAGUUAUCCGUUGACAAGGUACUAGUUUUCAAAUGAUCGCAGGCUCAAGUUUAUAUAAAGUUUAUAUGAAAUAUGUUGUGUUUAUGUGCCGCACAAUUAAAAUUUUGAUUUCGAACUGACCUCGGAAGCGAAAAUUCAGCCAGCUGCUACGGGCAGGGAAGACAAUUGCUUUUAACUUUUCUCACCAUGUUCACGCGUUGGUCACACUCUACGUCCAAUUUUUUUACUCUGAUUGGUCAAAAUUUGACAGGCGCGUUCGUGCGGAAAAUUUAUGCAGCAUCUUGAAUCUUGUUUACUUUGACAGCUGAAGCUGACCGAGUUUUGUGUCAACUUGUGAUGUUUUUAAGUGUCUUUUUCCACUGGAUGUACAAAAUGAAAUUCAGCUGCUAUCAGGAGUCUUCUUUUAUUUAUGGCUAAUUUGUUUAUUGGGUAUUUGGUUGAGAACUACGUCUGGCAUCGAUUUCGUUUUCACCUUGCUUGAUGCGUAAGAGGGUUGCGAUACUAGCCUUACUUGAUACCUUUCAGGAGCUGCAUCUCCAGUGGUAAGCCUAAUAAUUAUUGUAUUUGAUGUUUGUUUUCUUAUUUCUAAUUUAAUGAAGUCGCGCGUAGCUUAUGCGGUUAUUUUGUUUACGCACGUUUGUAAGAUUUAAUUGAGACAAUGAUCUGACCGAGUAUCAGGUUUGUUAUAAGCUACCCAGUGCUUAGUGAAUAAGUGAAUUUAUGAUGGCUGUGUGAACAAGGGCCGCACAGUUAUCUCAUUAAUUUUAACUUUUAAACUGUUAGUUAAGUGAUUCACACUUUUUGAUCUGCAUCAGAUACGAUGGCAGUGUGAGCAAGGGCUAUACACCCCUCACAUUCAUUCAAACUUUAUACAUUUCUGUUGGUUGCACUGAUCCAUCUCAGUAAGCAGGGCAUGUAAACAGCCUUACCAUUCUUUUUCUAUAUGUUUACGUGCAUAACCUCCACUGAACUAAACUGGUAGUGGAACUAAGCUGUAUAUAAGUGACAGUGACAAAGAAUGUAUACAAUGUCCUAUUGCUAUGAACACACAUGAGCCGUUAUGGCACUAGUUGACUGACUAUUGUUGUAAGGUGUGCACGGCUGGAUGAUUAUAAUACAUGUAUAUUCAUCUCAGCUCUCGCAUAUUGACCCUUUUUAUUUUUAAUGUGGUAUCUUUCUUACCUUUAACCCCCAGAGGUUUUGUGUGACUACAUUGGUUGAGGGAUACGUUCCCAAUUUUUCUCAUGUGGUUUUUCGGGUUUUCGUAUCAGGCGGUGCACACCGUUUUUCAUUGUACAUUUUUAUUUGUAGGUACCAGUAGUUUCUGUUGGCGGUCGUCUUGCUUUGGCCUUGGGUGGGGCGGCCCUUUCACUCGUUCCUUGCUGGGCUGCGGCGGGAGUGCCUUCACCUUUACUGGGAUAAUGUUCUUGUGUAUCUGGUUUUCCCAGCUUUAUAUGCUUUAAUUUAAUAACGGUCACUCCCGUGGCUAAAAUAUCCCAUAAUGGGUUUGUGAUUAUUUUGUGUCACAGCAAACAGAGCUCGCCCAAAGCGAGACUCCGCCAACAUCAAUAACUUUCGUAAUAUGCAAAGGAACAUGAAGCACAAAAAGCCUUUAGACAUUUUCUCACAGCAAAUAGAGAGAAAACGUUCCAAAGAAUAUUUAGUUAUAUUUCUGGCUAUAAAAGAAACCUUUGAUCGAUUUUCUUGCCUGGAGUUCGUCUUUGAAAAAAGUUAACACCGGGAAGCUAGCCGGCUUAAAACAUUAACUUAAGCUUUAAGACUCGGGAUUUUUAGAGACACUUUAAUACUUGUCUUCCUGAAUGAAAAUUGUUGUCUCUGUAUAUGUUUCACCGAAUUGUAAUUCUUUUACUGAUUGUUAGUGGUAUCUCUUGUAAUUUUAAUAGCUGUGCCGAUUGUUUUCAGUCGUUCAGUGAACAACGCUUCCAGGAGUACUCAAAAUGCCGCGCGUUAAACCAUUUUAUAAUAAAAAUAAACAUAAAUUCUUUAUUAUGAUGGAGCGUAACUAUGUUAAUGUUCAUUCAAACACUCGCCACAGCUCGCACUGCAAAAGUGAAAACCUGCUGGCCGUAUAGGUGAUUUUGGAAAUUUAGCUAAAGGCCACGCGUUCUUCGAUCGUCCUGAAUAUUGAAUGAAAGAAAUUUGUAUUGCAAAAUUGUGAAACACUGCAUUCUGUCCGAGGUCUGUAUGAUAAAAACAGUGCCUCGAAGUACUGUUUCACCUCAGAUGCGAUGUAUAAAUGAUAUAAAAGGUUGGUUUACACGCACCCAGAUUUGUUGGCAAGAUUUUGUAAAGUAAACUUGUCGAACGCAAAAAAUUUGGCCGGAUUUUUUUUCCAGACUCUUAAUAAAUGUGAUCGAAGAUGAUUGCCAGUUUUUGGGUGUAUUUAUGAGGCUAUCAACUCGAUGUAAGAUUUGUUUCAUUCUUGGGCUGUUUGCAAAUUAUUUUUCUCUAAAAUUACGUAGCCUUUCCCUGAAAAGUCUCAUGAAUGUGCUCUAAAGUUAACUGAAUUGUGGAAUACAAGUUUGUUGUUUGAUUUAAAUUAUAAAUUUAUUAAUGGGAGCCUCACUUUUAGCCCUGGCUAAACCUAUAUAUUACUAUUUCUUUUGCUUAAAACAAACUUUUGCUGGAACCAAAGUUCUCAUGCGAUGAAUGUUCCGUUACCCUAUAUUAUUCUCGGACGGUGAAACGAUUGCCGAAAGGAACGCCUGCUCUCGCAGGCUAGAAUCCAGCUAGAUAUAUAUUUUUCUUACCCUUGCAGCUAACAGAAAUCUGAUUUAAGAAAAGGAUUUACAGUUUCCAAGCUAAUAAUUCAGUAACGGCUUUCAUUUUUUCAGAUUUAAAGCCUUACGACUAAAUUUGUUGUUAUUUUACAGCUAACAGUUCACUCUAUUACUUUAUAAGCCCCCUGUUAUUUUGAGGUUUCUUGAAAAGAGCAUGGGCUUUCUGUGAAAUAGCCAACCGUGUUUAAUAUUUAUCCUUUUCGCAAAAAAAGAAGCGAAAACUAGGUAGAAGCUAACACUUUUUAUAAAGGUUUCAUCAAAGUAACAAACUGAUUUUGUGCAUUUUUCGUUUGAACGUAUAAUUUCAACUAACGUGGGUGUCCUGUAUUAAAAGCUCAAAAUGUUUGACGCUUAAUUUUAACAUGUUUUACCGAACGGAUUAUGGAGGGAUUUUAAGUAUGUUGCUAGAUAGGCCACGCCUACUUAAAUGGCGCUGAAAACAAUUCUUUUGCAAUGAGUUUGAUGUUGAGCCUCAAAAAUGCCUAGAUUGACUGGUCACUGGACUAGAGCAAUAACUCCUUUAAAUUUUUCUUCCAGGAACUUCCUAUGGACGCGGUGUGUAUUUCGCCAGAGAUGCAUCUUUCUCCGUUAAAUAUGCAAGGGGUGCCGUGAUUGGGGCUCACUACGUUUACCUUGCCCGAGUACUGGUCGGGAAAUAUUGUCAAGGCAACUCUGGGAUGAUCAUACCUCCACCAAAGAUACUUUCCAGGCCCGAGAUUCUUUUCGACUCUGUGGUUGAUGACCCAGGAGACCCAGCCAUUUUCGUUGUUUUUUACGAUACCCAGUGCUAUCCUGAAUAUCUUAUAUCUUUUUAA